AUGGCUAACAAAACUUUUGGCAUCUUCAUCCUCAUAGCAACACUAGUGGCUCAAGCUACUUGGGUUCGAGCAAAGGAGUUUAUAGUUGGAGACGAUAAAGGAUGGGCCCCGGGUGUUGAUUACGAUGCUUGGAUCAAGGAUAAGGAAAUUUUUCAUGGAGACAAACUUGUGUUCAGAUUUGAAAGGGAAUCACGUAAGCUAUUUUACAUGACUCAAGAAAAGUGUAACGCUUGUUGUCCUAAUGAUCCACUUAUGGAGAUGUAUCCUUGUGGAAAUAAUUGCCUAACCUUAAUGGCUAUCGGCAAGCGUUGUGUUAUGAGCACCAGAGAGGAUUGUCUGAAUGGAAUGAAGCUUCUCUUCGAAGUCAAGCAAGCUCCAACAUUACAAGAAUGUAGAGACACAAUAAUCUAA